UUUUAAUAUCCAGUUUUAUUACUAUUUCUUAAUUGUAAUAUAGAUCAUGAAUCCAACAAAAAAUUUAUUAUCAAUUUUAACUAAAGGAAUUGCCCUUGAUCCAUUACCAGAACAUCCAGGUAUUGAUUCAAGUGUACCACAUGCACCAGGUCGUCCAAAGAUUUUAUCAGUUUCAGAAAAAAAAUUAGCAAUUAGAAAUUCAUUAAGAUAUUUCCCAAAUAAAUAUCAUGAAGUUUUAGCAAAAGAAUUUUUAGAGGAAUUAGAUAAAUAUGGACACAUCUAUAUGUACAGAUUUAGACCAACACAAUAUGAAAUGAAAGCAUAUCCAAUUGAUUGGUAUCCAGCCAAAUCUAAACAAGCAGCAUCAAUUAUGUUAAUGAUAAUGAAUAAUUUAGAUAAAGAAGUUGCACAAUUCCCUCACGAAUUAGUUACCUAUGGUGGAAAUGGUUCAGUAUUUCAAAAUUGGGCACAAUAUCAUUUAGCAAUGAAAUAUUUAUCAGAGAUGACUGAUGAACAAACCCUUGCAAUGUACAGUGGCCAUCCAAUGGGUUUAUUCCCAAGUAAUGAACAAUCACCACGUGUUAUUGUUACAAAUGGUAUGGUUAUUCCAAAUUAUUCAUCAAGAUUAGAUUAUGAAAAAAUGUAUGCACAGGGUGUUUCCCAAUAUGGUCAAAUGACAGCUGGUAGUUACUGUUAUAUUGGACCACAAGGUAUUGUUCAUGGUACAACUAUUACUCUUUUAAACGCUGGUAGAAAGUAUUUAGGUAUUGAUGAUUUAAGAGGUCGUCUUUUUGUUUCUUCUGGUUUAGGUGGUAUGAGUGGGGCUCAAACUAAAGCAGCCUAUAUUUGCGGUGCUAUUUGUAUUGUAGCUGAAGUCAACCCAGCUGCUGUAAAGAAGAGACACAAUCAAGGUUGGGUUAUGCAAGUUUAUGAAGAUUUAGACGAAUUACUUGUUCGUGUUAAAGAAGCCGUCAAAGAAAAGAAACCACUUAGUAUCGCAUAUCAAGGAAAUAUUGUUACUCUUUGGGAAAAAUUAGUCGAGAGCGAUAUUCAUAUAGAUUUAGGUUCAGAUCAAACUUCAUUACACAACCCAUAUAAUGGUGGUUACUACCCAGUUCAAUGUUCAUUUGAGGAGUCAAAUCGUCUUAUGGUCGAAGAACCAGCUAAAUUUAAAGAUAUGGUACAAGAAACCCUUAGAAGACACACUGAUGCAAUUAAUAAAUUAUCUAAACGUGGAAUGAAAUUCUGGGAUUAUGGUAAUAGUUUCCUCUUAGAGGCUUCAAGAGCUAAUGCCGAUAUUAUUAAACCAAAUAGUGAAGGUAAGGAAUUCCUCUAUCCAUCAUAUGUUCAAGAUAUUAUGGGUGAUAUUUUCUCAUUAGGUUUUGGUCCAUUUAGAUGGGUUUGUACCAGUGGUAAACCAGAAGAUCUUGAAACCACUGAUCGUAUUGCAAGAGAACUCAUCGAAAAACUUCGUUCUGCUGAAGAUGUACCAAAGAAUGUUGAACAACAAUUUAACGAUAAUCAUUUAUGGAUCAGUCAAGCUGGUGAACACAAGUUAGUUGUUGGCUCACAAGCCCGUAUUCUUUAUAGCGAUUGCAUUGGUCGUGUAGAAUUGGCUGUUGCCUUUAAUAAAGCUGUUGCUGAUGGAACACUUUCAGCCCCAGUUGUUAUUAGUAGAGAUCAUCACGAUGUUAGUGGUACCGAUGCACCAUGGAGAGAAACUUCAAAUAUUGUCGAUGGUUCACAAUUUUGUGCUGAUAUGGCUAUCCAUAAUGUUAUUGGUGAUUCAUUUAGAGGAGCCACCUGGGUAUCAAUUCAUAAUGGAGGUGGUACAGGUUGGGGUGAAGCUAUAAAUGGUGGUUUUGGUAUGGUUUUAGAUGGCUCAAAGAAACAAGAAGAAAAAGCGAAAUUAAUGUUAGGCUGGGAUGUAAAUAAUGGUAUAGCAAGAAGAUCUUGGUCAUACAAUGAUAAUGCCGAAACUACAAUCCAAAGAGCUAUGAAAAUUAAUCCACUCUUAAAAGUUACAAUUCCAAACCAUACAGAUGAUAAUUUAUUAAAUAAUAUUUUAUAGAUUAAUAAAUAUUAUUUUUUUAUUAUUUUUUUUAAAAAAAAAAAGACUUU